AUGGCGCCGCAAUUAAUGACGAGCGCGAUGGUAUACAUCCACGGCGGCGAACGUGAGCCUAUUAAGUGCCGUGCCUUACUGGAUACGUGCGCGACGGCUAACUUCAUAACAGAGCGCGUUGUGCGACGUUUGAACCUACCCGUAAAGGUACAUUCGUCGCCGAUUGGCGCGAUUAACGCAAUGAAUACCGUUUCGAAGGGUGUAGUACGCGUCGCGAUACAAUCGACGCAUGAUAGUUUUUACAAGGAGCUCACGUGUCUAAUUAUUCCGGCCAUCGCGGAUUUAAUACCGUCCGAGGUUUUCCCUCGAAAUUCAGUCGACAUACCCGCAAAUAUCAGAUUGGCAGACUCCGAUUUUCAUAUACCGCGUCCGGUCGAGUUAUUAAUUGGUGCCGGAGCCACAUUAGCGCUAUUUUCCAUAGGGCAGAUUAAUCUGUCGCGAGCAGGAUGUGACUUGUAUCUGCAGAAAACACGACUAGGUUGGGUACUCGCUGGAGGAACGACCACGCAUAUACAGUCAAAAUUGGAAAUGUGCGGUAUGACAAAAUUGGAAAAUCAAUUAGAUAAAUUCUGGGCAAUCGAGGAAGUCGCGACGGAUAGGUCAAGCUCGAGAACGGAAGUCGGAUGCGAGGCGCAUUUUAUAAAAAACGUUUCCCGGGAUGAUGGCGGGCGUUACACGGUUCGCUUGCCGUUUCGCGAAACGAAUAGGCGCCUUGGCGAUUCACGUGCAAUCGCACUUAAGCGCUUAUUGGCAUUAGAACGAAAACUCAGUACGAAUGAGUCGUUGAGAGUCGAAUACACUCGUGCAAUAGACGAAUAUAUAAAAUUAAAUUAUAUUUCCCCGGUUAAGGAUCCCUCCGAUGAUGGAUAUUAUUUACCUCACCACGCGGUGAUCAAGGAUACGAGCAGUACCACCAAGGUGCGAAUCGUAUUCGACGCGUCCACUAAAUCGAGUACCGGCGUGUCUUUGAACGACGUAGUGAUGGUAGGUCCGUUAAUACAGGACAAAUUAUUUACACAUUUAAUCAGAUUCCGUGCAUAUAAAUAUGUCAUCACCGCGGAUAUUGAAAAAAUGUAUUUGCAAAUAAGAUUGCACGAAGACGAUCGGCGUUACCAACGACUGCUAUGGCGACGAAAUGACAAGAUAGAGACGUUGCAAUUUAAUACUCUUACGUUCGGCGUCUCGUCUUCGUCCUUUCUUGCGAUCCGAACUUUGCAUAAAUUAGCGGACGAUGAACACGAGAUAUAUCCUAAGGCAGCCGAAAUUCUUAAGUCCCAUCUGUACGUAGAUGACCUUUUAACCGGAGCCGAUAGCGUUGAAGAAGUCCGAACAAUUAGAGAGGAAAUAAUUGCGCUGCUCGCACGGGGCGGUUUCGCCAUCAGGCAAUGGGCAUCCAACGAUGAGCGUUGCGUGAAUGAUCUCGCGGUCGGCGCCCUUCACACAAAAUUCACAUUCGGCGGGGAUCGCUCCUUAAGAACACUUGGCGUAGUAUGGUGCGCGCGGAACGAUGAAAUAUGCUAUUCCAUACGGCCAAUCAAAAUCGCAAAAAAAUUAACAAAACGGAGCAUAUUAUCGGAAAUAGCAAGGAUAUUCGACCCUUUGGGCUUGUUGGGUCCCGUCGUAUUAUAUGCCAAAAAAUUGAUGCAAGACGUAUGGAAAUGCAAAUUGGAUUGGGACGAGUCCGUACCGCAAAACGUAUACACCGAAUGGCUGGAUUUUGUAGGACAACUCGAGACAAUAGAUCAAAUAUCAAUCGAUCGAAGAUUCUUGAUCGACGAUUAUCAAGGCAUUCAAGUCCACGGAUUUUGUGAUGCUAGCGGCGUUGCAUACGGCGCGUGUCUGUAUAUACGCUCGGCGGGAAAGGACGGCAAUGUGGUCAUUAAAUUAUUGUGCGCCAAAUCACGCGUCGCGCCGUUAAAGGUUAUCACCAUACCUCGUCUCGAACUUUGCGGCGCGUUACUAUUGGCCCGAUUGUAUAGUGAAGUAAGCAGCGCAUUGCCCCUAAACCCUUCCAAGGCAUUUUUCUGGUGCGAUUCGACCGUCGUUUUGCACUGGCUAAGCACGGCGCCUCAUCUGCUCAAUUCAUUCGUGGCGAAUCGCGUCGCGGAGAUACAAGGGCUUACGGAUCCGAAGAAAUGGCGGCAUGUCAGAUCAGAGGACAAUCCCGCCGACGCGAUAUCACGAGGUCAGCUACCUCAUACAUUUUCAAAAAAUCGGACGUGGUUUUCCGGACCGGCGUGGUUACGAGAGAGCGAAAACGAUUGGCCUAACGAACUUAUACAUAUGAACGAGACACUCGAGUUAAAAAGAAAUGUUUGUUUGUUGAACGCGCAUUGCGACUCUGAAAUGUUCGAAAGAUACUCUUCGCAUUCGAAACUGCUCAGGGUUAUUGCAUAUUGUUUGAGAUUUCUACCUGACAAUAAACACACCGGUUCGUUGUGUUCGAGUGAAAUAGACGAGGCGGAAACGCGAAUAUUGCGAAUCAUGCAGGCCGAUCGAUUUUGCUCCGAGAUUAAGGAACUUAAGAGCGGAUGUUCCGUGAGCAAGGGCAGAAUCGCGAAUUUAAAUCCAUUUUUGGACGACCGCGGCUUGAGUCGCGUAGGAGGACGUCUCCAAAGGGCAGAUUUGUCAUUCUCACGUAAGCAUCCGAUUUUGAUUCCUAGCCGGCACAAGUUAACCGAUCGUAUCAUUCGCGAGACUCACGAGGUGCAUCAUCACGCGGGCAUUCAAACGACGCUGUACACUUUGCGUCAAAAAUACUGGUUAGUCGACGGACGCAAUCAAGUACGAAAAAUCGUGCGUGCGUGUGUUCGAUGCUUCCGAUUCGAUGCUAAGGCAAUCGAAUAUAGAAUGGGGAAUCUGCCGGCGGCUCGUAUACGCGAGGUGAUACCUUUCACUAAUACCGGAAUAGAUUUUUGCGGGCCAUUCUAUAUCAAGGAAAAGAAAUACCGUAAUCGAGCACGGGUCAAGGUGUACGUAUGCGUUUUCAUAUGCAUGUCCGUGAAGGCGAUGCACCUCGAGAUCGUGAGCGACUUAUCAACGGACGGAUUUCUUGCAGCGCUGCGACGGUUCGCAGCGAGACGAGGACUACCGCAGCACGUCUAUUCCGAUAACGGGACUAAUUUUAUAGGGGCGAAUAUUCAACUAAAAGAGUUGUACGUCUUAAUUAAUUCUGAUGAGCAUAGAGAGCGCGUGAGCAGAUUCGCAAGCGAUCAUCGCGUAACAUGGCAUUUCAUUCCGCCGGCGGUGCCGCAUUUCGGGGGUCUGUGGGAAUCCAGCGUAAAACUAUUUAAGCAUCACUUUAAGCGCGUAGUAGGAGAUUCUUUAUUUACUUUCGAAGAAUUAAAUACUCUUGUCGUCGAAAUAGAAGGCGUUCUGAAUUCCCGACCGAUCACUUCCCUUUCUUCCGAUCCGAACGACUUACUGGUACUGUCGCCGGCUCAUUAUUUGAUCGGUAAACCUCUGACGGCCCUCCCGGAGGGCGACCUGUCGUCUGUUCCAGCCAACCGAUUGUCAACAUGGCAGCACAUUAAGAAGGUACGGCAAGACUUCUGGGCGCGCUGGAGUCUUGAAUAUUUGAACGAGCUCCAGACGCGCAACAAAUGGAUCAAAGAGGGACCAAGGCUUGACGUCGGAACCAUCGUUCUCAUCAAAGACAAGGGUGCGCCAUGUACUCGAUGGGCGAUGGGCAAGGUAAUAAUGGUCCACCCUGGUGAAGACGGAGUGGUGCGAACGGCGACUGUGAAAACUCCGGCCGGGCAAAUAAAAAGAGCGGCCAAUCAUUUGUGCCCCCUGCCGAUCGAGCAGUAG